UUAUAAAGUUUGGUUGAUAUGUGGUGGCGCGCUAUUUGAAAAAUAAGUUUACAAAAAAGCCGGGAGCUGCACAACUCGAUCAUAUGAAAAUAAAACCGUCACAUAAUUAGACAAUACGGAUACAAGUGGUACAAUUUGAUUGGGAAAAUGUUGACUAAGGGUACUCCAAAAAAAAGGAAACAUGACGGCCCUCUUUCUGCUUCUGGAUCUCCAGCUAACAACCUCCUUAAAGACUUUGGCUCUCCCCCAAGAAGGAAAUCUCCAAGGUUACCCAGCUUUCCUCUUGGAAAAACAGCCUUAAAAUCCACUGAUAAUGAAAAGGAAAAUUGUUCAUCCCCUUUCAAAUCACUGUCACCAACAGGACUUUCCCAAUUCAGUUGGUCUCCAAAGCCUGCUUCUCCCUUCAAACCAUAUGUGAAAACUGGAUCUUUCUAUGGGAAAGGGAAAAUGAUUUAUCUCACACCCCUGGAGAGAAAAGUCGUGAAUGACCGCAAACCCACAGUAAUCAAUGAAGGAAAGAGGGAUCAGGUCACCCUGCCUAAGUCUGUUAAAUUGGCAAAGAGGAAUAAAACUGCACCAAAGCCAAACUUGGGGGUCUCCCGUUCUUCCAGAACCCGCAUUACGGAUUUCAUGAAGCCAAAACCAGCCACUGAGGCACAAAGUCAGUCGAUACAGAGUGAUCCCAAGGAAGGGGGACUAAAGACAUUUUCCUCAUUGCGCUUCAGUGGUCUGACAGCCAAACCCAAGCCCAAGCUCCUGGUUGGUGCUGCAUUCUUUGCUACUGGGACAAAAGGUCGCUCCAUGUAUAAAAAACAGACACAAAAAAAAAGCAAGCCAGCUCCAUACAAACCCAAACCUAGACCACCUGAAAUGGAUGUGAACAAGCAAGAUCCGGACCAACCCAUCAAAAAAGUGGAUGCGGUCGUGCUAAAACAGGGCAUGGCUUCACCUGAAUCGCAUGAAGCUUUUAAGCAGAAGCAGAAAGCAAACCCAGGAGUUGCAGCAGAAAGCCACGUUCUGAGGAACAAACUCACACCCAAUACAAAGGUGUCAGACAACCAGACGCAGGGGAAUGAGCGCUCACCUGAGACAAAGACAAACCAGCGUCUGCAAAACCACCUCAUCACCAAGCAGGUGAAGGUUGUUCUGAGGAGAAUCGAUGGAAUGCAGGCCAGCUCGGGGAGCUCCAUGGGUGAGCUGAGCAAUGUGGAGGACUGCUGUACAACAGAGAUAGCACUGGACACAGUGUUUGACUUCAAUAACACAUCUUUACAUCUCAAACGGACUAGGAAAACGUCUCCACCAGCUGCAUCAGUCUAUCCUAUCUUCAGUACUCCCAGCUCUACAACGAAAGGGCACCGUCCUGCAAGAGCUGAACUGGCGUCCCCUGUGGCAUGCCAGAGCCCUUUGUUGUCUGCAGCUGCUCUACCCAAACCAGCUAAGCUGCAGAGGAACAUCAAGAGAAAAAAAGAUUCUGACAAGCAAGCCACAGAUCAGCUCAUCAUUGAUGCUGGUCAGAAGCAUUUUGGUGCCAUUGCAUGCAAAUCGUGUGGCAUGAUAUACACAGCAAGCAGCCCUGAGGAUGAAUUUCAGCACACACAGUACCAUCAGAGCCUCCUGGAUAAAAUUAAGUUUGUGGGGUGGAAGAAAGAGCGGGUAGUUGCCGAAUACUGGGAUGGAAAGAUUAUACUUGUCCUGCCAGAUGAUCCAAAAUAUGCAGUUAAAAAGGCUGAUGAAGUACGUCAACUUGCUGACAACGAAUUGGGAUUUAAACAAGUCUCACUGAGUUGUCCCAGCAGAAGUAAAACAUACCUGUUUGUGAACAGUGAGAAGAUGAUUGUUGGGUGUCUUGUAGCAGAACAGAUCAAACUGGCAUUCAGAGUGUUGAAUGAGCCAGUGGAACAGAAGGAGUUGAAAAAGCAUGAACUGCUGGAGCAUCACAGAGCUUGGUGUUGCUCCACAAAGCCGGAAAAUGCCAUCUGUGGGAUCAGCAGGAUCUGGGUGUUCAGCCUGAUGCGGAGAAAGGGCAUUGGCAGGCGCAUGGUGGACACAGUCAGAAACUCGUUUAUGUAUGGAUGCCACCUAAGUAAAGAGGAAAUAGCGUUUUCAGAUCCAACUCCAGAUGGCAAGCUGUUUGCUACAAACUACUGCGAAACUCCAUCUUUCUUGGUGUAUAACUUCAUUAGUUAAGAAACAUGUUUUUUUUGUAUUAAUAGUGUUUUUUUAUGCCAUGCAAACAAUUUUAUGGCUUUUUUUUUUUUU